AUGGAGAUCCAACCCAAUUUCGAAGUUAUCUCACAAACAUACCGCAAACUCUCCAUGCAGUUUGGCAAUGUUCGUGGUGGCAUCGAACUGUCAGAGUCAGAGUCUAUGCGUCCAAGUCUUGUUGCGCCCGCAUUCUUGCCUAAACACCACACUGGUGCAUCUGUCCUUAUUGUCCCAUACUGCCCAUGGAGAGGACGCAUCCUGCAUGGGCACGUUAGCCGCAUCGGAAAUUGGGGUCCAACUUGCCGAGGAAAAGUCUCUGAAAUACCACGACUUGGAUUCUUCUCAGUUUGCUACAUUGCCAAUUGGUGCGUCAGCCCCGAAUCGAACGCGGCGACCAUCGAUGGCAACAAUGGGUUUUACCACUUCACUACUAAUUCACUCCGACUGCCCGUGGGGGGUGAAUGUAGGAAGGGGAACUUGACUUGUAUAACCAAUGCGACUUCUCUACGCAGGAUUUCGACUGGAAACCUGAAGAAAACACGUUACUACUUACUAGUGCCACCUCAGAACUUGCAACAGAUGGAUCCAUGCAAGAUAUUUAGUGAUUGUGUCGACUUCAGCAGGCGUGCUAGAUCAUAUUCCCCUUUUAAAAAGGGAGGAGGGAAGCGUUCGAACGGUUACGGAGCAGGGGUGAACUGA